UAUAUAGAGUAUAGCUAUUUUGCACGUAUCUACAAAUUUUAUAUUGUUCUUUAUGUAGGUUCCAAAUUUAUGUGGUAAAAAACAGAGUAAUGCAAGUAAAUUAUGACUGGCAAUACAAAAGAAUUGUAAUAAAAAAUUGUUAAUUUUUAACUCGCAAACAUAGACCAGACAAUAUUCAGACUUUGCUAUACUACAUUAGAAAAUGGAAGAGCAUAAAGAAAGCAAAUAAGAUUCAGAAAUGAAAGAAAUAAAAGAAAACACAAAAACAUCUAGAAGCACAGUGAAAUAUAGAAAAUAUAUUUACCGUAGUGAUUAUUAUUUGUAAAUAUAAAAUAAUUAUUAGGAAUUCAAGUGUCCUGCGACAUUUGUGCGUGUUUGAUGAAUGAGUAUAUGGAUGUCGCUGGCGUGCUGUUUGUAACAUAGCGUUGAUACACUUCUUGUUCUCUUUCCUUAUUUAUGGUUUUCCAUUGAUUUUUCGGUUCGGCAUGCGUAGUCUCGGAAGUCGACCCUUGUGCGUGUGUUGUAACGAAUAGACAAUAUAAUCGACGUGCGCGUUUCCAAGUUUUAACAAUGAUUUUCAUAAUAUCAGAUAGUAAAAAUAACAAUGAAAAGGAAGUAGAAGAAAAUUUAAAUCAAAAUAUUCCCAAAGUUACAAUAGAAAAAAAUUGUUCUUUUAUAUUUUUCAACAAAAAGAGCUACUUUGUCGAGUCUCACUCCACAUUCUUUCAAUUCCACCUUUUUUUGUGAAAUGUGCGAAAGAAAACAAGGAUUGCAUCCUGGAAAUUGUUUCAAGAUACACUUAAUACUUACAUACAUAAUACAUACACUUAAAAAUUACAAAAUACAACAAUAGCGUGAAUAAAACUGUGAAGAUAUUAAAAAAGAUGAGGAAUCUAAUUUUGAUUUGGUUUUAAAAGAAAAGUGGAUGGAAGCCCAGAAGAAUGAAGUGUUUCGUUAUAUAUUAAACAUUCAAGAUUCGAAAAUAUUGGAAGGCAAAUAUCACUUUUUAGUCCAGCUAAAUAUUGAUCGCGGUUAUAAAAGAAGAUUUCCAGAAAAUAUUAUUUCAAUGAACCAACCUUUCAAUGAGAAAGAUUUUAACUUUACAAAACUUGUGUCAGAAGAACAAAUAAUGAAUUUAAAUAAUACAGACAAAGAUGAUAUAAUUGCAAUUAAUGCUAGUCCGAUUGAAUACUGUCAUUCUCUGCUGUUGCCACAAAGAUGUAAACAAUUACCUCAACUUGUAACAAAACAUAGCUUAGUGAAAGCUGUUGAGUUGUUUUCCUUGAGUUUGUCUUCAUACAUCAGGGUGGCUUUCAACAGUCUUUGUGCUUUUGCAUCUGUGAACCAUCUUCAUUGGCAUUUAUACUACUUGAAAUGGAGGAUGUUACUGGAAUAUAUUGACGUUGAAAAACUGAGAAUGCAAUUGAGUUUCACUUUUGGAGGAAGAAAUUUCCAUAAUGUGUCACUGGAUCAAGGUCAAGAACCCAUAGCUGAAGAAACCAUAGAACUUUCAGAGAACGAAGGCCACUGGGUAAGUUUGCAAAAUGUCCAUUUGGUGAGGAAAUGGUUGCCUACAUUAGAAAAAAAGAUGGAACAAUGCUCGAAGAAUCCACAUGAUGAUUAUCGAUUGUUCAUCAGAGCGGAACCCAGUCCUGAUCGUCAUGAAUCAAUAACACCUCAGGGUAUACUGAAAUCAUCCAUAAAGAUCACAAACGAACCACCAUCUGAAAUUCAAGCAAACAUCCAUAAAGCUUUGGAUAACUUUAGCCAGCAAACUUUGGAGUCCUGCGGCAAGGAAACCGAAUUCAAAGCAAUAGUAUUCGCACUUUGUUAUUAUCACGCUGUACUUGCAGAACGUAGAAAAUUUGGAGCGCAAGAAUGAAAUAGGCGAGAUGGUUGUCCAAAAGUUAUAAAUCCUGGGAGUUCAGAGACUGAUCUACAUUAUGAAAAGAAAAAAUAUGGGUUCAAUAGAAGAUAAUGACUGAUACCAACAAUUUUUGACGUGUACAAAAUGUUUUUAAUGUCGCAAAUAAACAACUAUAUUUAUACAAUUGUAAUAAUUUAUAUUUUUUAUUUUAAAAAUUUAAUUUCAAAUUCGCGAUCAUGCAAUCGUUUUGUUACAAAAUGUGUGUACGGAUUAAUGUUUUUGUAAGUUGUAAAGAAAUUUAAAAUAGAGAAAUAAAUUGUAAUCGUGCAUAGA